UUAGCAAAACAAAAGGGCAAAAGUGUUGAACACAAAAUUGAUGGCCAGUUGUCGCCACACGAGGAAUGUGUCAGCUAUUUGAGGACAUAUAACCAGACAAUACUGAUCCAAUUGAUCAAAGAGUUCAGCCAUAAGUCAAGCAAUCAGUCACUGUCUGAGGGAACCAUCGGUGACACGGACACCACCGCUGUACCAGACUUUCCAUUUGUCAACGACUGGUAUGUGGUAUUGAUUUGGUCGCUGAUAUUUGGCUGCAUGGUGUUGUUGGCUAUAUUUGGCAAUUCACUGAUAAUAUGGUGUGUUUUGCGACAAAAAGUGAUGCGAACCGUAAUCAACAUAUUUCUACUGAACCUCACGCUCUCCGAUCUGUUGACCGUCUCAUUCAACGCGACAUUCAAUUUCGUAUUCAUGUUGACCGGUCACUGGCCAUUCACCACCACCUACUGUCAUAUCAAUAACUUCAUUAAUAAUUUGACAAUCGCUUCAUCGGUAUUCACGGCUACUGUUAUGAGUAUUGAUCGGUAUGUAAUUUAUUGU